CCCUUUCCGCCUUCAAAUCCCUAGUUCUACUCUGCUGUCCGCCGCUCUCGCCCUCUGUUCCCCGACGGUCUCAAUCCAGAGAAGUCAUGGUAAAGCAUAACAAUGUUAUCCCUAAUGGGCACUUCAAGAAGCAUUGGCAGAACUAUGUUAAGACAUGGUUCAACCAACCUGCUCGCAAAACAAGGAGACGCAAUGCCAGGCAAGCUAAGGCAGUAAAAGUUUUCCCGAGGCCUGCUGGAGCACUUCGUCCUCAGGUUCAUGGACAAACCUUGAAAUACAACAUGAAACUUAGGGAGGGUCGGGGAUUUUCUCUUGAAGAGUUGAAGGCUGCGGGUAUUCCAAAGAAACUUGCUCCAACCAUCGGUAUUGCUGUGGAUCAUCGCCGCAGAAAUCGUUCCUUGGAAGGCUUGCAAGCUAAUGUUCAGAGGCUAAAAACCUUCAAGGCUAAACUAGUCAUCUUCCCAAGACGCCCAAGGAAAACAAAGGCGGGUGACUCUACGGCAGAGGAGCUUGCAAGUGCGACCCAGGUUCAAGGUCCAGUAUUGCCGAUUGUAAGGGAGAAGCCAAGUGUCGAAUUAGUAAAGGUUACUGAGGAGAUGAAAUCGUUCAGUGCGUAUGCCAAGCUACGUGUUGAAAGGACAAAUAAACGUCACCUGGGUGCGAGGCUGAAGAGGGCUGCUGAGGCAGAGAAGGAAGAAAAGAAAUAGGUUUGAUUAAGUUGUAGAAUGCGAACAGUUUUAAAUGUUGUUUUGUUAGAGAUUACGGGUUCUGGUAUCUCUUGAGAUGUGUUGAUUCUUGGUACAUUGUUUUUGACAUUUUGUAUUGGGAAGGCUGGUAUCAUGAGUUUAACUUCAGUCAUUUGGGUCCC